AGGAAUUCUAAUGAUGAUUGGCUCGUGCAUUUUGGCUUUCCAUCCUUGUCCGCCUUCGCCGUGCCGCCAUGGACAACAUGACCAAGCCGAGCGUGGCGUACACUUAUCCUCCCAGCUACCAAGAAAAGUUCAACGACGUGCAAGCAAACUUGCUGUCCUUCAACCGGUACCUCGUUCUUGGCCUGUCAGGUUUCAUUCUCGUCGCGUUCAUCACAGUCCUGGUCGGCCUUGGCACGAAGCGUCCCAAGUGGUGGUAUUCUACCCUAACCAGAUGGUUCAAUAUCACGGACCAUGACACAACUUCCAACUUGCUUGUGAUUGCCAGCCAAAGCAACGGACGAGCGCAGCGCCAACGGGACACGAGCAACAAUCCCUUGGCGAUACGGCUCGACGCGUGGAGAACAUUCCAGGAGGAAAAGCACGUCCCACCUCCACGCAUCAGUGAACUCUGUCACCUCCGCUACAUGCCGCCAGCCAUGGCUCCUGCCGCACGGGACGACCACACUCGAGACUCCUCCGCGGCCAAGUCCACGUUGUCGUCUGGUGUGGUGUAGUGUGAGGCGAGGUGUUGUAUUUAUCUGUUUUGAUAUUUCGAAAUUUGCAGGCAUUCAUGAAAAUAAAGGACAAUACUUUUAUUCG